AUGCAACACGCUGACGUGGUUUCACCCACCUCGAAGGAGGCCGAGGAAAAUACUCAAAUGGGUGAACCUGCCUCCAAAGCUAUGUACGUUAUCAAUCGAAGAGGUGAACGUGAGGCUGUACAAUUUGACCGCAUUCUAGAGCGUAUUCAACAACUCUCAUUUGGUCUUCACAGCCUAGUAGAUGCGCCAAGAGUUACACAAACUGUUAUCAAUGGGAUGUAUUCCGGUAUCCAAACUUCUCAGUUGGAUGAACUAGCAGCACAGACAUGUGCUUAUAUGGCAGCUACUCAUCCCGACUAUUCCAGGCUGGCGGCACGCAUUGUUGUAGCCAAUCUACACAAAAGCACCAAAGACGAUUAUGGAGAAGUUAUAACGGCACUAUUCAAUUUCAAAUACAUAUAUAACAGCAAUGCGUCACUUAUCAGCGAGGAAGUUUACCGUUUCAUUAUGGAUAACAUAGAUCGCAUUAAUGCCGAAAUCGAUUACACAAGAGAUUUCCAGUACGAUUAUUUUGGUCUGAAAACAUUGGAGAGGUCAUACCUUCUACGCAUUAACGAUAAAGUUUCUGAAAGACCACAACACAUGUUAAUGCGGGUGUCAGCAGGGAUACAUUGUGGUGACAUUGAACGAACAAUACAGACUUAUCACCUCAUGAGUCAAAAAUAUUUCACUCAUGCGACGCCAACACUCUUCUUCUCAGGGACACCAAGACCACAAAUGUCAAGUUGCUUCUUACUGGAUAUGAAAGAUGACUCCCUGGCUGGAAUAUUUGAUACCUUGACACAAUGCGCAUUCAUCAGCAAAUGUGCUGGAGGUAUAGGUUUGGCAUGCCACAAAAUCAGGGCAAGUGGUGCUUACAUUCGCGGUACAAACGGUAAAAGCAACGGUAUUGUACCUAUGUUGCGUAUUUUCAAUGCUACUGCAAGAUAUGUAGAUCAAGGUGGUGGGAAACGCAAGGGGUCGUUUGCCAUAUACUUGGAACCAUGGCACGCUGAUAUCAUGGAUUUCUUGGACCUACGUAAAAAUCACGGAGCUGAAGAAGCAAGGGCUAGAGAUUUGUUCUAUGCAUUAUGGAUACCUGAUCUGUUCAUGAAGAGAGUUGAGGCAAACGCUGACUGGACACUUAUGUGCCCAGAUGAAUGCCGAGGUCUAUAUGAUGUUUGGGGUGACGAAUUCGAGGCACUUUACACAAAAUAUGAAGCAGCGGGGCUAGGACGUAAAACCAUACCAGCCCAGACUCUAUGGUUUGCCAUAUUACAAAGCCAAAUCGAAACAGGCAACCCAUUCAUGCUAUACAAAGAUGCCUGCAACGCUAAAUCAAACCAACAGAAUCUUGGAACCAUAAAAUCGUCAAACCUGUGUUGUGAAAUUGUUCAGUACACUUCUCCAGAGGAAGUGGCAGUCUGCAAUUUGGCAUCUAUAGCGCUGCCUAUGUAUGUGAACAAGGAGACACGAACAUACGAUUUCAAGAAACUAUAUGAUGUGGCACGUGUCAUCACAUUCAACUUAAACAGGAUCAUUGACCGGAAUUACUAUCCGGUUCCAGAGGCCAAAGUCUCCAACCAACGCCAUAGGCCAAUUGGUGUUGGAGUACAAGGUCUGGCUGACACUUUCAUGUUAAUGAGGUACCCUUUCGAGUCGGAAGAAGCCAAGGAAUUAAACCGUCGUAUCUUCGAAACCAUCUACUAUGGAUGUCUGGAUGAGUCUAUCUCAUUGGCUGAGAAACAUGGACCCUACGAGACUUAUCAAGGUUCGCCUGCUUCGAAGGGUAAACUACAGUUUGACCUCUGGGGUGCUACGGUGGAUAACAAACUGUGGGACUGGGACGAUCUCAAGCGUCGCAUGGCCAAACACGGCUUGCGCAACUCACUAUUCUUGGCCCCGAUGCCCACGGCAUCGACGUCACAGAUUCUGGGAAACAACGAGUCUUUCGAACCUUACACGAGCAAUAUCUACUAUCGGCGUGUGCUUAGUGGCGAGUUUUUCGUUGUGAACCCUCACUUGCUGCGCGACCUUGUGGACCUGGGACUCUGGGAUGAGAGCAUGAAGGAAAAACUUAUUGCUUACAAUGGAUCCUUACGACACAUUGAGGGUAUCCCUCAGCACAUCAAGGAUCUUUACAAGACGGUAUGGGAGAUCAAACAAAAGACCAUUAUCGACAUGGCUGCUGACCGAGGAGUGUUCAUUGACCAGUCGCAAUCGCUAAACAUUUACCUGGAGCAACCUACGUUCGGUAAACUUACUAGCAUGCACUUUUACGGAUGGAAGAAGGGUCUUAAGACCGGUGCUUAUUAUUUGCGUACGCAACCGGCAACUGAUGCCAUCAAGUUUACAGUGGACACCAACCUCAGCCAGAUGGCCAAGGCAGCAAGUCAGUUACCAAAAUCUAAAGUUAACGACGUGUUGUCUACCGCUGAUAGCUCAUCAGUCGCUGCGGAUGAGGUAUCUGGAUUUGCCGUAUGCAGAUUGCGUACCGACCCUAAUUCCAAUGAGCCGUGUACAAUGUGCUCUGGUUAA